GGGAAUUGGUCCAUCAACGGGCAGUAAAUACAGUGACACCGUGUCACAACGUGCUCAUGAAAAUCAGAUACUGUCUAUUUUGCCGGCUGGGUGUAGUUGCAGGAAGUUGCCAUGGAGAGUCUGGGGGAGAAGUUCAAAGCUCUGUCCAUCACUCGGCGUGUCCAGCCAGAUGAGCCCACCUACCUGCUGGACCUGUCCCACCAGACUGUCUCAGGCCCAGGGUUGGUGGCCGUAUGCUGCUCCAACCUCUCCAUCCGUUUGCACAGUGAGGACAGCCUCAGCCUGCUCAGGGAGUACCAGGGACAUAGUGGUGCAAUCUGUGGGGUGUGCUUUGCCCACACCUCCCCUGACCUGCUCUUCUCAGGCUCUGCUGAUGGAACAGUGAGGACGUGGGAUGUCCGCUGCCCUGGUUCAGAGGCAGCACAGGUGUUCAAGAGUGACUCCUCCCACCACUUCUGCAGCUUUGAUGUGAGCUGCAGCGAUGUGGUCCUAUGUGCAGGCACUGAGCAGGUAGAUGAAAAUGAUAGCUUCUUGGUUUUCUGGGAUGUCCGAAUGGCAAAGGAGAAGGAAGGGGUUCUGGGUGUGUACACUGAGUCCCACAGUGAUGACAUCACGGAGGUGCGUUUCCACCCCCGGAAUGCCGACCACUUGGCGUCUGGCUCCACUGAUGGCCUGGUGAAUGUGUUUGACCUGAGCCUUGGUGCAGAGGAGGAGGCCCUGCUGGCUACCUGUAACUGUGGCUCCUCUGCUAGCUCAGUGUGCUGGGCAGGGAAGGACUUCAACCAGCUGCUGUGCCUCAGCCACGAUGAGGGCCUCCAUCUGUGGGACCUGGGUCAGCUGGACACAGACAAGCCCCUUACACUCUUCAGUGCCGCUGACGCCCGCAGCCUGACCCCUCUCUCUGAUGAAGUGGCCCUGGAUUACUUUGUUGGCGGGACUUGGCUGGAGGAGGCAGGGUGCUUACUAGUGCUAGGUGGGACAAACAAUGGAGACAUCCACCUUCUGGAGUGUAGUGAGGAAGGUCUGUGUCUGCUGAGGUCCCUCCAAGGGGGCCACUCUUCCACAGUGCGCUGCUUCCUCUGGGAUCCCGCAGGGGAGGCCCUGCUCACGGGAGGGGAGGAUGCACAGCUGCUCUUGUGGAAGCCAGGGGCGGAGGAAUUCACCUCAGGGAAGAGGGACACCCUGAAGAGUGCCUCUGCAUUAAAACUCAAAUCUAGACCACACAAGAAGCAUGGCUCCAAGAGGGAUAAGAAGCUAGAAGUGUGAGUCGGAUGCAAUAGAGGAUUUUCAAAGAAGGGCAAGACUGCAGUCCCUGUUUAAUCAAUCAUUACUCCUCUUGCACUCAGAGUACUCAUUUUGGAUUCAUGAAGUUAACACAAUUAUAUAUAUUUUUUCUUGAAAGUAGUAUUAUACUUAUCCCAGAAACUCAUUAAUAAUCUCUUUAACCGCUAGGGCUUAAAAUGAGAUUGUAUUCGUUUUUCAAAUGUGUUUCUCCCAACUUGUUUGGUAUUUUGUUUAGCUAAAACCAACUUUUUUUUUAGAAAUAUAAUUCUAAUUGUAUCUACCGGUAGUUAAUCUAAUGCAUGCUCUCCUGUAAUUUAACUAACAUACUCAGUGGGUAACAAAGGCCAGGGUUCAGAACCAGAGCAUGCAGUACUUCAUCAUACUUCAUAUUCAGAGGAGCAGCUUUAAUUCCACUCAAAUGGCACAGAGUGGAAUAACAUGACAGUUGCUAUGCAGGGACUCAUAUGUCCCUGCAUAUGUCAACCUGGUCUCAUAGCAUUUCAUAUUAUUCUGUACGUAAAUCUAAGACACACCAUUUACUACGAUAUGCUAAGUUUCGUAUGAUAUGUAUUAAUUUGUGGAUGUCCAUCACUCAUUUUGUAUGAUAUGUUACGAAUAUGCUGAACGUACAAUAUUUUACGAAUUUGCAAAACGAAUGCUAUGUUACAAAUUCUAGCUAGGUUAACAGAAACUACCUGGCUAACGUUCGCAAGGCUAGGGGUUAAGGUAUCAAAUCAAAUGUUAUUUGUCACAUGUGCUGAAUAGAACAGGUGUAGGCCUUACAGUGAAAUGCUUACUUAUAAGCCCUUAACCAAGAAAAAACAAGAAAAAUACCUAAAUAAAAGUAACAAAUAAUUAAAGAACAGCAGUAAAAUUACAAGGUCAAGAGCCCAUGAAACGGCAGCCAUCCUCUCCGGUUAGAGUUAAGUUUAGGAGUUAGGUUGACCCCCUAAGGUCGAUGUCUGGGCCCCAUGGGAAUCUAAUUAGCAUAAUGAACAAAUCCCCCCCAAAAUCUGUCAGUUUAAGCUUGAGAACGCAUCCGCCUAUGUCGCACUUCCGCAUCUGCGGUGAUAGAGCUAGAGCGGUGUUUAUCAGACCAUGAGACAUCCUGAAAAUCGGUCUUCUCACAAAAUCGUCUGUAGGGUCCGAACGGUUUGGCCUACAAACUAUUAUGACCACUCUAUGGAAAGAUGAGACUCUCACAAACACGCACAUUGUUUUUGCUCUAGGACGCCCACAAGACUCGUCUGAAGGUCCCCCGGUACCAGUUGAAAAAAUGGAGACUGUUUUAGUGCCAAAAAAUAAGGGGUUCAAUACAUGUUAAAAGAAAAAAAUCCAGAUUUUUUUUUUUAUACUGUACCGCUCAGAUAUAGGACAGACACUUCAGAACAAAAUUCCUUUAGAUUUUUUUGGGGGGACUAUCUGUUGUUCCAUGUAGUGAAUCUGUUAUUCAAUGCGUUUUUGUAUGGGCUAAUAGCAGUAAGGCCAAAUUAACCAUUUUAUAUACAAUACCGUUCAAAAGUUUGAGGUCACUUAGAAAUGUAUUUGUUUUUGAAAGAAAAGCAUAUUUUUUUUGUCCUUUUUAAAAUAACAUCAAAUUGAUCAGAAAUACAGUGUAGACAUUAAUGUUGUAAAUUACUAUUACAGUUGAUUUUUGUAAUGGAAUAUCUACAUAGGCGUACAGAGGUCCAUUAUCAGCAACCAUCACUCAUGUGUUCCAAUGGCACGUUGUGUUAGCUAAUCCAAGUUUAUCAUUUUAAAAGGCUAAUUGAUCAUUAGAAAGCCCUUUUGCAAUUAUGUUAGCACAGCUGAAAACUGUUCUGAUUUAAAACACCAGUCUUAAAGUCAACAGUGAAGAGGCGACUUCGGGAUGCUGGCCUUCUAGGCAGAGUUCCUCUGUCCAGUGUGUGCUCUUUUGCCCAUCUUUCAUUUUUUUAGCCAGUCUGAGAUACGAUUUUUCUUUGCAACUCUGCCUAGAAGGCCAGCAUCCCAGAGUCAUCUCUUCACUGUUGAUACUAGUGUUUUGCGGGUACUAUUUAAUGAAGCUGCAAGUCGAGGACUUGUUAGACAUCUGUUUUUCAAACUAGACACUCUAAUGUACUUGACCUCUUGCUCAGUUGUGCACCAGGGCCUCCCACUCCUCUUUCUAUUCUGGUUAGUGCCAGUUUGUGCUGUUCUGUGAAGGGAGUAGUACACAGCGUUGUAGGAGAUCUUCAGUUUCUUGGCAAUUUCUUGCAUGGAAUAGCCUUCAUUUGUCAGAACAAGAAUAAACUGACAAGUUUCAGAAGAAAGUUAUUUGUUUCUGGCCAUUUUGAGCCUGUAAUCGAACCCACAAAUGCUGAUGCUCCAGAUAGCUACUCAACUAGUCUAAAGGCCAGUUUUAUUGCUUCUAUAAUCAGUACAACAGUUUUCAGCUGUGCAAACAUAAUUGCAAAAGGUUUUUUUAAUGAUCAAUUAGCCUUUAAAAUUAUAAACUUGGAUUAGCUAACACAACGUGCCAUUUGAACACAGGUGUGGUGGUUUCUGAUAAUGGGCCUCUAUUUGCCUAUGUAGAUAUUCCAUUAAAAAUCUGCCAUUUCCAGCUACAAUAGUCAUUUACAACAUUAACAAUGUAUUUCAGAUCAAUUUGAUGUUAUUUUAAUGGACUACAAAAUAUGCUUUUAUUUCAAAAAGGACUUUCUAAGUGACCCCAAACUUUUGAAUGGUAGUGUAUAUUUGUUUUACAAAUAUUUUCUUGAUAUUUCAAGGGAUCUUAAAACUCUAAAUAAAAUAGCAAAAUGAUCUCUGGUAUGACCUUCUUAAAUCAAUUCCAUAUAGCUUAGUAGAAUCCCCUCCCUCAGCUUAGACAGGGCUUAGACUGUUUAGUGUGAAAAAUAAGGGGUUAAAUACAUGUACAUAAAAAGUAACAGAUCUUUCUUACACUGUAUCUCUCAUAUAUAGGAAAGACACUUACGAACAUACUUAAUUUAGAUUUUUUUUUGGUGGGGGGACUGUUUUUCAAUGUAGUGUAUAUGUUUGUAUGGUCUAAUAGCAGUAAGGCUGAAUAAAAAAUGUUCAUCAAAUA